UUUUGAUAAUUGAAAAUUAAUUAGUAACAGUAACACAUGACUCUCACACUCUUCUUCUCUACUAUUACUAUUUGUAUUUCAUCUUCUUCCUCCCCAAUUCUUCAAAUCCACCGUUAUUCACAUAACUUACUACACUCUUCUCUAAUUCUUCCACCGUCAACAAUGGAUUCCGGCAACUUCUGCCGGCCCUGAUCCCUCUUACCCACCCACUUCUCUCUAGCUCGCUCGCCGGCUGUACUUAAACUUAAGUUAACAAAAAAAAGUAAAAAAUAAGCAUUAGAAUAAGAGAUGUUGGAUCUUAAUCUCUCUGUACUUCUUUCCUCUGAUUCUUCCUCUCCUUCUCUUCCUCCGGUGGAGAAUUCUGGAAGCUUUAAUUCUUCUUCCAUAGUCAAUGCUGCCGGCGACGAGGAUUCUUGCUCUAACGACGUUGUCCAACCCUUUGCUUACUCUUUCAGCAUUUUAAACAACGCUGACUGUGAUUAUGAUGAUGAUAGUGCCGGCGAUGGGACCAUCCAGCUUUUUCCUGUGGAAGGGCAGUCUUCUGAUUCUAUUACAAACCAGUGGCUGAACCUGCGCUACAGGGAAAUCGCUCCUGCUGAAGUGCCGCAGCAUCACCGGCGGCCUCUUCCUCCUCCUCCUGCUCCAGCUCCAGCUCCGGUGAAGAAGAGUAGGCGUGGGCCCAGGUCUAGAAGCUCUCAGUAUCGAGGGGUUACGUUUUACCGCAGAACUGGGAGAUGGGAAUCCCAUAUUUGGGACUGUGGCAAACAAGUCUACUUGGGUGGAUUCGACACUGCGCAUGCUGCAGCUAGGGCAUAUGAUCGAGCUGCGAUCAAGUUUCGGGGAAUUGAUGCUGAUAUCAAUUUCAAUGUCAGUGACUAUGAUGAGGAUAUUAAACAGGUGGAGCUCGUGGAGAUUUCAGUGACUGAUUUUUUCAAUCAUUUUUUUUUUGCUGGAUUGUUUUUGAGUGUUUGUUUGGGUGCUUUUCAGAUGAGUAAUUUCACGAAAGAGGAAUUUGUGCACAUCCUGCGUCGCCAGAGCACAGGAUUCUCAAGAGGAAGUUCCAAGUAUAGAGGUGUCACACUGCAUAAAUGUGGGCGAUGGGAAGCUCGUAUGGGCCAGUUUCUGGGGAAAAAGUACAUUUAUCUUGGGCUAUUUGACAAUGAGCUAGAAGCUGCAAGGGCUUAUGACAAGGCUGCCAUAAAAUGCAAUGGGAGGGAAGCAGUCACCAACUUCGAGCCUAGCACGUAUGAAGGUGAAAUAUUGUCCGAUGUCAACAAUGGAGAUGGCAAUCCAAUUCUUGACCUGAAGUUGGGAAUGGCUCCUCCAGUUACCGCUGGUGGCCAAAAGAUAAACACAGAGACGAGUAGCUUUUGUCAUCAGAAUAGCUGGGAUGGCAGGCAUAUUGACAGGAGACCAAUGGAUGAGCUUCCGUAUGACGCGUCAUUGUCAUUUCAGCACCCUUCUGUAUGGGGUGGCUUGCCUUCCAAUUUCUUUCCCAUAUAUAAGGAAAGAGCAAUAGAGAGGAGGAUGGAAGUGGAUCCAGUGCCAAAUUGGACAAAUUCACUGCCUCUUUUAUCUGCUGCAGCAUCAUCAGGAUUCGGAUCGUCGAUACUUACGGCACCUUCAGCAGCUACUGGCCAAUUUCACUUACCAAAUUCAACAAUUCCCCAUCAUCAUUUUCCUCCUUCCAUCACCAAUCCCACCAAAUUCUCCCAUUUUUAUUGUAGGAGCUGAAGGUAGCCAGUGGUCAAGUUUUUUUCUUGGAUAGAAAAAAGCCAUAGCCAUGAAAAUGUAAUCUCAAUUGCAAUUAUGAACAAGAAUCAUUAGAUUCAGCAUUUGUGUUUCUUGUAAAGCUCAUUGUUAGCGAAUUUGGCCUACACAUUCUCCAUCACAGGCCAUAAAUUUCAUAUUACAGCUAUCAUAGAUUUUGUUUUCUUA